AUGUGGAACGUUGUUUCUAAAGUUGGGAAGGCGGCUUACCGAACCGCUGCCAAGACAGGCCUCGCCGCCGGCACAGAGCAGCCACCGUAUCCGUGCGCUUUGCCGCUGCAACGCAUGGAAGAUCCUGAUGACCUUUUCAGAGCGCAGGAACUCCUUGACAACAUUUUUGCCUCCGCCAAAGACCUCCUUGAAAACGAUGCGGAACAUCAGUGGCGCCUUGUUGACUACCAAGACCCUGACAAGAACGGUGACUUGCACCUCUUUACCCGUCCCCACAUUGGUCCUUUUAACUUCGUCAAGGCCACUCUCUCUUUUAUGGGUGUGACGCCGCAGCGAGUGCUUGACACCGUGCACAGUGAUGAUGAGGCAGACCGCAAAAAAUAUUCUGCAAAUAUGGUCCGGUUUGAGAUUCUCGCAAGGCCGACCCCCACGUCCAACGUGCAGUAUCAGGAAUAUUGGGCACCACCACCGGUUUCAGGUCGCGAGUUUAUCUUUUUUGCUGAAAAAAAAUAUGUUGAAGAAGACGACGUGUACUAUGUAUAUGGCUGUAGCAUUGACUACGCAGCACGUGAAAAGAUACCCGGUAACCGCGUGCGUGCGUCGUGUCUGUGGGCAUGGGAGUUAACUCCUAUUGGUAACAAUACAAUGGCCACGUAUGUGAGCUGCAUGAACCCACGCGGCUGGACACCCACCUUCAUCAUUGGGUGGCUUAAGUCGGAGGUUGGGAACGAGCUGAUUUCAUGUCGCCGUGUCCUAUAUGGUGAGGCCGUUCGGUUGGAGUGCGCAUCACUUUCUAGCAUUGGAGUGACAAAGGAGGAAGAGCAGGAGAUCAUAGCGAGGCACUUGGAAGAGGAGGGAUUGCCGCAUUAG